AUGAUGGUGGAAUAUGACGAGGAGACGUUGAGAUUGGAGGAUUCUCAAGAGAUGGCGACGUCAUCUGAAACCGCCACGUCAUCAGAUCCCCUGGAGACGAUGACGUCGCUUGAGGAUCUUCAAAUAGAAUACACGAUUCCACAGAAUCAACCAUCCACGUCAUCAGCAGCGGUUCAACGGGGAGGGCUUUUUGUCUUUGAAAGCGCUCGAAGAGGACCGGGAAGACCUGCAAAUCGGAGAAACAGAAUUAUGGGACAAAGGGGGCUGAUGCUUCUUAAGGAGCCCAAACGAGAAGAGCCAUCCUUCCACCAUUAUCAUCACAACUCGGCACCACCAUCCCCACCACAAAUCCAUCGAUCAUCUCCAGAAGCAUAUUCCCCAUCGCAUCCUCAAUUUCCAUCCAAAAAAAUCUACCCAAAAAUGAGCAAACUGUGUCAAGGAGUGAUUAAUCAGUUGAGAGGACGAGGACUCGGACAGUUCAGAGCAUCGGAUCGCACACACUUCUGCUUGACUUGCCUCUCGUUCAAAAAAUGCACGAAACAGCACGACGAGCCAUGGCGAGAGCUGGAGCGUGUAUGGCGAUCGGAGUACGGUAAUCAACGGGUGAUUCCUGACGAGCUGGUCAAUCAAAUGGAAGAAAUGAAGCAUCGAUUUCAGUGUGAAGAGGAGGCACUCGCUGUCAACGAAUCACCGUCGCCGGAAUCCUUUCAAACGUUGAUCUGA